AUGACAACUCACCAAACAUUAACCACUAUUGCUAUUAUUGGAACCUGUGAUUCGAAGCUCGAUGAACUGCUAUUCCUUCGUGAUCGGAUAUUAGAACGCAAUCGAUGCAAAGCAUUACUGAUAGAUGUGGGCCGAAAUCCAUGUCAGCACGAAUCAAUUGACGUAAGAAAUACAGACCUUAUUAAUGCUGCCGCAACAUCUCCACCAAGAGGAGCAGGCAUCGAUAUUCUACCGCUCUCCAGAACGGAGUAUAUCCAAUACAUGAUAAAAUGCGCCAGUUCCUAUAUACAAGACCUUUAUUCUCGUAGGGUUAUCCACGGAGUCAUUUCGAUUGGCGGGUCUUGUGGCACAUCUCUUGCCUCGGGCGCGAUGCGGAAUGCGUUGCCAGUUGGAUUCCCCAAGUUGAUCGUUUCAACGAUGGCGAGUGGAGACGUGAAACCUUUCAUAGAGGAGACAGACAUCACGAUGAUGUAUAGUGUCGUUGAUAUCGCAGGCACUAACUCAAUAUUGAAUCAAAUAGUAGCAAAUGCUGCUGGGGCCAUCGAGGGCAUGGCGACAUCCCACAGGGCCUAUGUGGACAAACCAGUUGCAACCGGCUUGAAACGGAUAGGCGUGACGAUGUUCGGAGUCACAACCCCCUGUGUCGAUCUAAUCCGACUUCACCUCCAGAGUAAUUACAACUACGAGGUUUAUGUCUUCCAUGCCACUGGCGCCGGUGGCAGAGCAAUGGAGCGGCUCGUUAGAGAAGGGAAAAUCGACGCUGUUAUCGAUGCGACUACAACGGAAAUUGCAGACGAGUUAUUCGGCGGCAUCCUUUCUGCUGGCCAUGACCGUUUGCGUGCGGCUGCCGAGGCUGGAAUCCCGCAGGUUGUCAGCGUGGGCGCCUGCGAUAUGAUCAAUUUUGGCCCGAGAAGCACAGUUCCUGAAAAGUUCCUCGGCCGCAAACUCUACGAGCAUAACCCUACAGUCACUUUAGUUAGGACUAGCGAAGAGGAAUGCGCUCAGAUUGGCGAAUUUAUCGCGACACAACUUCGGAACCAUGUUGUCAAUCCAAAGCUGGUCGAGGUCAUUCUGCCCACCGGCGGCCUUAGUCUCCUGUCAACUCCUCACAGCCCAUUCGAUGACCCCGUUGCUGACAAGGCUCUUUGGGACGCGUUGGAGAAGGGGCUGGAAUCAAGCGGUAUCAAAGUGUCAAAAAAAGAAUGUGAUAUCAACAAUGGCGAAUUUGCAGUGUUGUUAGCUGAGUCCUUGGUCUCAAUAAUUCGGGCGCAACCCUAA